CUAAGUUCUGACCGCGGGCAUUCAGUGCUACCGUGUAUCGAUAAUGCGAAGGACAUGAUCAUCGACACGGCGCUGGCUUGGUCCGGGGUCCGCGCCCGUUUCUCACCUGCCCCAUGCGUAUGGCCGAGGAUCCUGUUCCAGGGUCUAUCGGCGUCAUGGGAAUCCACAACAACCCCCGCGGGCCCGACGGGUCGGUUGUCAUUACGCCGAGAUUGUGUGACGGGGUUGGUGAAUGCUUCUAGUUUUGGAUUAGGCCGAGCCACGGAAUGCUUGGAUUUCAAGUCUCGCAGACAAGACCAGCAAACAGCGCAUAGCUGCGAACGCGUACAGCCCCUCUCACACCGGAUGGAACGUUGCAAGGAUGGAUGAUGGUGUACGGCGUCUGAUGCUCUGUUCACAGUCUAUGGCUUAUAUAUAACUACGUUCACAUCUAGCAGCCUCGUAUCCUGCUAUUGCUCUGCUACGUAUCGCUUGGAUAAAGGCGAGGACUUGACAUAUCAAUGUAUACACAUUCGCUCAUCUCCGUCCUCUGGCCGGCUGUGUUCGUGUGGUCAUCGCCAAUACGCGCCGCAGACUCACCGAGCUGGCAUCAGUACGUGCGCGCUCCGACUAGCGCCAUCGUACGUCCGGUAACAAUACUGUCGAACCAUACACGAGGGAAUGUCGACAGCGCCGAUGGGCUUGUCACGGGGUCUGCCACGACUGUGUUCACUAGAGUUGAUGGCUCGGACGAAAUCCCGACAGUCGUCGUCGACUUUGGACAGAAUGUGGUCGGUCAGCUGUUGCUCGAGUUUGCUGGCUCGACGAAUGGGUCGUCUGGAGCUUUUCCUGGGGUGCGGUUAGCAUUUUCAGAGGCACUUGAAUAUCUUACUGAACGUAGUGAUUACACCCGUUCAGACAGAGCACAAGGAGAUCCGCCCCAACUCAUCACUACCGGAACAGAUCAGAUCGCUGUGAAGAAUAAUCCAUAUACCUGGGAAGAUCAAUGGGCUUGUGAAUAUGACGACCAAGUCUGUUCCGAUGGCCUGCAUGCAUUUCGAUAUGUGCGGAUUUCGCUAGACGCCCUGACAACAGACUCGCCGUACACAUCCGCCGAAGGCCAAGUCGAGAUUUCGUCCGUCAGUCUGCGUUGGUCCGGAUAUCUAGGGACUGCGGACACAUUCACAGGAUGGUUCGAAUGCUCUGAUACGAACCUAACUCAAUGGUGGUAUAAUGGUGUCUACACAGUUGAAAUGGGAACGGAUAUCUUUCGCACCAACGACACGGAGCCUCGGGGCGCAACAAGCGCUACGCUCCUCGGCAAGCUCGUCCUUCAUGACGGCGCAAAGCGGGAUCGCGAUCCAUACAUGGGGGAUCUAGCAGUGGCAUCGCUAACAAGCUACUUCUCCCACGCCGACGCUUCGGACGCAACCCUCAAUGUCCUCGAGGACCUCGCUGCCCACCAGCGAGCAGACGGAUGGAUUCCACCAGCCAGCAUCAACCACUACACGCUGCAACUCUUCGAUUACCCGCUGUACUGGAUCACCUGUAGCUGGGACUACGUCUUCUACACAGGAAACACGUCAUACAUGAAGGCGCACUACUCCGUCCUGACAAAGAUCCUAGACACGUAUUACCCCGCGCACACAGAUGCCGCGACGCAAUUGCUCGUACGACAGGACGGAUACGGCGACUACGCGUUUCUGCCACGAUCGGGCUCAGCAGCGUACUACAGCGCCCUAUACGUGCUUGCGCUGAACAAGGCCGCCGAGCUCGCGGAACUCCUCUCCACACCCGCCACGCAAGACGCGGCCCGAUGGCGCGAGCGAGCAGCCGCUGUGUCCCAGAGCUUCCAGGAGACGCUCUGGGACCCCUCGGCAUUAGCGUACUUCGACCGCAAAUGCACGGGGACGGGAUGCGCCGCGCACGCGCAGGACGGAAACAGUCUCGCUGUGCUAUCAGGGAUAGCGAACGGCACGACUGCGUCCGCGGCACUAGACUACCUCUCGACGCAUCACGCGCGGUUCUACGGGAACGCGUUCUACGAUGCCGGCGGCGAGGAACUGGGGGCAGGGUUUUCGACGCGCGUGUACGCAUUUAUAUCGUACUUUGAGGGCGCCGCGCGCUUCGAGGCCGGCGACGUCGCGGGCGCGAUCGACUUGAUACGACGCACGUGGGGAUGGAUGGCGGGUCAAGAUCCCGGGACAACGCACUGGGAGGGCAUCGGGGCCGACGGGAGCAAGUACGAAGCCGCCGAUACGAGUCUGUCCCACGGCUGGUCGACGGGCGUGACGCCGUUGCUCAGCACCUAUUUGCUCGGCGUCAGGCCCACGCGGCCGGGUUUCCGUGAAUGGGCUGUUGAUCCCGUGGCUACGGAGGAUAUCGGCUGGGCUAGGGGUGUGGUACCGACGCCGUACGGGCCGCUAGGUGUUAGCUGGGAACGAGAUGCCGCCGGCGCUAUCGUCGUCACUGUUGAUGCGCCUGAGGGCACCAUGGGGACGGUAGGAGGUUCUGCGUCUAAGGAGAAAGGAGCACGGAUCCAAGGCGGCCGCAUGACCGUUGUGACGCUGCCAAAGGGCCUGUAAUAUAUUAUGUAUAUAUAGUCUUCAGCAUUGAUGAUGGAGUGUUUACUGCAAGAUUAUUGUCGACAUUAUCACCUCGUUUAUCUAAGCUCAGUACUGCUGCUUCAUAACUAUGUUCUAGCAGCCUAAUAGACAUUACUAGAUUAUGAAAACAACGAAGUAGAAUUCGUACAGGUUUCUUAUCUUUCAAGUCAUU